UGAAACACAUGCAUUUGGGACGACGUGCAAGUGGUUUCGAUCUGUACCAGGUCACGUGGUUUCUAGCGGACCAUCUGCUUAUUAAGACGUGUUACGGUAUAUUCCAUUUGAGAUCGCCUAUCCCGAUGGUGAAGUCUAUUUUACAGCUUCCCAUCAAACGAUUCGAAAUGUCGGGAUGGUUCUUUAUUCUGCUCAUCGCUGCACUCAGAGACAUUGAUGCCUUCGAAGUACAGGCGCCCCAGCCCAGAGUGGUAGCCGUCUAUAACCAACCGGCUAUUUUGGGCUGUGUGUUUCCCCCUAGCCUUGACCUUGGUUCCCUCCUGGAUGAGGGUCUCGUGGUGACAUGGCAGAGGGUAGAAGAUUUGCGGGUGGUCCACAGUUUCUACUACGGAAUAGACCAACUGGCGCGCCAGAGUGGGGAGUAUCACAAACGCACUGGACUGUUCCAUUCCCAGCUCCCUGGGGGAAACGCAUCCCUCAGGUUGGAGAGUGUAGGUCCAGGGGAUCAGGGAAGAUAUCUCUGUUCGGUUAAUAACAUGAAGGGGACAGGAAAGGCUGAGGUCCAGCUCAAAUACGCAGCAUUCUACACAGAGCCUCACCUCACAGUCCAGGCCCAGCACUCCUACACGACCUUCCUCUAUGAGACUGAAGGUUACCCAGAACCAGAGGUCCGCUGGUCGGACCCGCAUGGCCAUAACCUCACGCAUAACAUCUCAGUGACCCAGUCGUCCAAGGCCCCGGGCCUGCUCCUCUCUCUCCGUACCCAGCUGGUGAUGCAGGCUGGUGGGGCAGUCAACUACACCUUCUCCCUGAGGAACCAGCUCCUGCAGCAGGUCAUGGAGAGGUCACUGAGUUAUGAGUCAAGCAGUAGAAACUAUGACGACUGCCCCAGAGACAGAUCUACACUGCUGAUGUUGUUCAUCCCUGCUGGAGGCUUGGUUAUUGUCCUCAUAUUCCUUUACUUUCCACACAAACGGACAUGGAAAGCCACAUCUAAAUCACAACAUAUGACAGAAUUAACUGGGCGUAAACGAACUUGUGACAAGAACACUAGUCCUCUAGAGGCAAGGACAUCCAACUGCGAAUCAGACGUCUCACCUCCAAGCCCAGCACAUGAAGUUUAAGAGACUCCUUGUUCAUUCUCUGCAAAGUCCAACGUGUGUUUCUGGUCUAGUAGCGUCAUGGUAUCAUCCUUCCUGGAGCUGAGAAUGCUGGAAAUCCAGUUGUCAGUCGGGCAGUAACAACGAAUCAGUUUCAUUAGGUGGCGGUAACAUUAAAUGACUCUUUUUUUUUCUCUCCAUUGCCCAACAUGGGUCAGAUUACUGGAAAGGGAACCAGACACAAAGCUUCUAUUGAGAGACUUGGUCAUUACAGACCUGAGGGGAACCGGUCUGACAGAUUUGGUGGGAGGGGCCCCAACCACCAUCCAGAACAGUGUUUCUGGGAAACGAGUGGGAAAUGCCUUUUGUGCAUUGAAAGUAUUCAGAACCCUUGACUUUUUCGACAUUUUGUUACAUUACAGCCUUAUUGUCCUCAUCCAUCUACACACAAUAUCCCAUAAUGACAAAGUAAAAACAGGGUUUAAGACAUUUUGGCAAAUGUAUUCAAAUAAAAAAACAGAUAGCUUCUUUACGUAUGUAUUCAGUAUUCAGUAUUCAACAUGAUUUGGAAAGGCACAAACCUGUCUACAUAGGGUCCCACAGUUGACACUGCAUGUCAAAGCAAAAACCAAGCCAUGAGGUCGAAGGAAUUGUCCGUAGAGCUCUGAGACAGGAUUCUGUCGAGGCACAGAUCUGGGGAAGGGCACCAAAACAUUUCUGCAGCAUUUAAGGUCCCGAAGAACACAGGGGCCACCAUCAUUCUUAAAUGGAAGAAGUUUGGAACCACCAAGACUCUUCCUCAUCUCUGGAGAGACCUGGAAAUAGCUGUGCAGCAACGCUCCCCAUCCAACCUGACAGAGCUUGAGAGAAUCUGCAGAGAAGAAUGGGAGAAACUCCCCAAAUACAGGUGUGCCAAGCUUGUAGCAUCAUACCCGUGAAGACUCGAGGCUGUAGUCACUGCCACAGUUGCUUCAAUCAAGUACUGAGUAAAGGGUCUGAAUACUUAUGUUAAUGUGAUAUUUCAGUGGAUUUUUUAUUCUAAAAUCUGUUUUUGGCUUUGUCAUUAUGUGUUUAGAUAUUUUUCAGAUAUGUUUUUUAAUCAAUUUUAGAAUAAGGCUGUAACGUAACAAAAUGUAGAAAAAUUGAAGGGGCACACCAGUAUUGUUCAAUAUUUGCCCAUUUAUUAUUAUUUUUUUUACAAUUCUUCAAUCUCCUUCAAAUUGGUUGUUGAUCUUCCCUUAACCCUACCAUCCCUUACCUAAUUGAAGAAACUAAUGGACAACAACUCUUAGGCUUCUACUUCCAGUUUAUACAUUCUAUAUACAUUUUACGGACACUGUAUAGUUUAAAAUAGUUAUAUUUUGUCCCAUCCUUCAGCUCCACUCAACCCCUCCCAUCUAUCUCUGAUCUAUCACC